CACGCGCCUGGAAACGUCUGGGCGAAGCGUGCAUGGAAUCGACGAGGAGAGAGCAUAGCGUAUAAGCGUUUAUAAGCGUAUAUGCGUGUGUAAGAGCACGUUAAAAUUAAAGCGACGUAAUGACUGCAUAAUAGGCGUCUCCGAUCGCUUUUGGUACGUGAAAAAGACGAGACCCGUCGGGAGAUUAUCGGCCAUGGUCGUUGGUAAUAACGAUGACGGAUCGCUACGUUAGAUAAUAUUAAUAGAAAUGACGAUGACAAUUAUUUUAUUUUACGAUCGUGAAUAUUAUUAUCUUAGUUAUUUGAAAAGAUAUGUAUUAACAUAUUCGAUAUUCUAACUUUUUUAAGAGAAAGAAACACAAACGAUUAUCGACGACACAAACGUUUAACAUAAAAAGUCUACACAAAUUCUAAGAGAGAGCACGAAUUUGUUAAAACCACGAUUCGUUACGCUAUUAAAGAAAAGAAAAAAAAAAAAAAAGAAGAGGGAAGAAACACGAGAGGAGGAUCUUUCUUUUAACGGAGAAGAAGAAGAAGAAGAAGAAGAAGAAGAAGAAGAAAAAAUAGAAUUAAAAGUAAACUAAAACAGCAAGGACUUCGAAAUAAUUGAUACUUCUUUUGUACGUAAACCGAGUAAAAUCGCCGAAAUGUUCGACGAUGAGAAAAGAAACGAAGGUAAAAUGCGACCGGAUGAUGAGCCAACAAUGAUCGAGGAUUCAUCGGUCUUUUAGGAGGCCAAUGUCACUUGUCGGUCGACAAACAUAUCGCCGCUAGCCAUGAGAGUCCUUUUAAAUAUGCAGAACGCGCACGAAACACCGUGUAUAUAAUCGGCCGACGGUACCUAUCGGAAAUCAGUCAGCUCGAGAUCAGAAGCAGCUCUAACUACGAGAACAACAAUGAAGGUAUUCGCCGGUAUAAUCCUCCUUGCAACUGCUGUCUUAGCGGAACCACCGUUUUAUCGUCAACAACAAAGACAAUAUUAUUUUGCAAGACAACAAGAAGAACCGGCGGCUGCUCCUUACGCUCCCUCUGGUUGGAAACCGGCUGGUCCAGCGUUUAAUUUACCACAAAGACAAGUACAAAAUCCUCAACAACAAUACGGUGCACCAGCUACUCCUCAACAACAAUACGGUGCUCCUAACGAGCCUCAACGAAAGUAUGGUGCACCGGCUACGCCACAGCAAAAAUAUGGUGCUCCGGCUACACCGCAACAACAAUAUGGAGCUCCUGCUAAACCUCAGCAGCAAUACGGUACACCUCAACAAGAAUAUGGACCUCCUCAGGAAGUUACUACCCUCGAUACACCAAACAGCACGGAAUUGGACGAUGCCACUACGGUUUCCAGUAUUAACGAGUCCGAGUCCGAACCCAUCAAUUCGGUGAACGAGCUCGAAGAGGACGAUCUGGAUCAGAAACAGCCACAGCAAACUGGCGAAUAUUAUGUAGCACUUCCCGACGGUCGCCUUCAACGUGUACGUUACGUCAGCCGACAGGACGUAGAAGCCAUGAAAUAUUUCGCAAAGAUCCGCGCCGAAAACGUGGAACCACUUCGUGGACCGAUCUAUGCUUAUGCGCCACUUCAAAAACUUCAAAUAGUUCCGGCAGGUUUGCAAAUAGCCAUUGGAUCACCGGUUGCACCUGUGGAAACCCCAGAGCCGGAAAAGAUUAAGAUCGAACCGGCAAAACUCGAGAUCGAACCACAGAUCGCGACACAGGUACAAUAUCAGUACGAUACUCCAUCGGCUGUACUCCCUCUCCCUUCGUCGCCAUUAUCCUCCUCCUAUGCCGCUUACACAUCGAAUUAUCAAAUACCCGAGAAUAGAUAUCUCUUGACCGUUCAAUGAAAAGAUUUUGAAACAAAAAAAAGAUACUCCAUCCCUGUCAAUCCCGACAGCUCACAUCUUCGGAUUAUCUUUGUAUAUUUCCUUGUAAACUAAUUUAUCUUAAUUAACUUAGCUUUAUAAAUGGACGAACGAUAAAAGAAAAGAAAUUAAACACAAAACAAACAUAAAACGAUAUAAAAUAAAUAAAAAAAAGUU